GUCUGUCAGCAGCCGGAGACGGAGUCGGAGCAGGUAAUCGUUCGUAGACAAUCUGAGCCCCCAUCUCGUUGCGUUCAGUUUCGCUUUGUGCAUCAGUAUGCUACGAGAAUUGAACGAGUGCUGAUCGUAGGGUUGCUGAGAAUAGGUGUGUAUUCUGCCUAGCUCUCUUCUAGUGGGGAUUUGUUUGUGUCGCGCACGUGUCGCUUGUUGUCAUCGUUACGUACGAACGACUUGAGUACGCGUGUUUAGUACUCUCUCGGCGGUAAAACAACACACGCAAUAUUAAUUAGUGAUCCAUUUUAUUUGGCCACGCGUGUUUCGAGGGAGGUAGAAGAACCAGGACACUUUGUGAUUGUGUUUGAUAAAGAAAAGGAAUACAUUGGCGCACCACCCUGGGGCUUCGCGAGAAAAUAACUGGUCGUGACCUUCAUCGUGUUUUGUGUGGAGAUUUCGUAUGCGAUUGUGUUGAAGAAGUUUACGUGAUAUGAACUAGUGGCGUUGUGUAUUGGAGCAAAGCCGGUGUGCUGCCAAAACAAGUUUCUCUUCGAACGAGACGAGGUGAGGUUCCAGACGCUCGGAGGAAUAUUAAUUGGGUACGAAUACAUUUAAUCGUCGUCGUCGUCGUCGCGUGUAGAUCUUGGGAGCGUUGUAAACGUCGUGCGGUCGUAUGUUCUUCGCAGCUAUUCGCAACAACAUCGUGAGAUCAUCGCGCUGGAUGCGUUGGGUUUUGCCCAAUGCACUUGAAGUUGGGAGUUGUAAUCUGCUGGGAGGAGCUCUGGAAACCGUUGGGUCUGCACAAUGGGGUUGUUGCACUAAGGAGUGAACAACAAAACCUCGAAACUAAACCGCCGACGCAGUAGCAGAACUAGCCAGCAUAGCGGGACCCUCGUUUCGCUUCCCACAAAAACAGUUAAUUUCCCGGUACUCUCUAAUGGGUUUUAUUGAAACAUUAAAACCAAAUGAGUUGAACCAAAAAAAGAACCAUUUCUGGUGUCGGCAUGCACAGCUGGAUUAGAGGGUUACAUAGAGCACAUGAAACGGGUUCAAAGAAUCGAGUACAAUAACCAACCAGUGUUUGACAGUCAACGGCCAUUCCGAUCAUUGCGAUCGUUCACGAGAUAUGCUAAUGUUCUAAGUGAUUGAAGAAUACCAAUGAGACACAGUUACAUGUGAGACACCCUGCGUUAGUGUUUGUUUCCAGAGAAUAGUGGAGAAUCGUCAAUUUAGGAGACGUCACACCACGAGGUUUCCUCGAAGUGAAACAAUAAAAUAAAGUGACUCUGCAAAGAGGAAAAGAAGUGAGCCGACCCAACUUGGAUAGUCGCAGCAGCAGAAACUCUUUCCAACACGGGUGGAUUAUUUAUCUUGUGGUUUCGAAAGCAGUUCUUGAAACGUGAAGAUUGGAUACACUCAAGACAACGGAAUCAUCCACCCAAACAUCGAGAGGUCUGAACCGAAACAAGUGGUAGAAGCAGCAGCGCCACCAUUUGAAAACGAGUCGUAACUUGUGCUGCAGCGGAUCCACAAAAAACCAUUGUGGAACAUCCAUUCAAGAAAUCCAGAUUUUAUCCAACCAUUGGAGGCAACCAGCAAGACGACGCGAAGCACCAGCGAAACAAAGAGAGCAUUAUACAGGCUGUUUGCUGUUGCAAUUUUACAAUUAAGGCUGAAUUAUCAUAAAGAUCAGCAGCGCAUAACGCGAGAGAUUUAUCAACACAUGCCCGAGAGGCAGCAGCAACAGCAAUAACACACCGAGCACCACGAUGGGUACCAUGAAAACGCUACUGCUAUUGGUAGCGUUACUUACGCACAAUUUGGCAAACUCAUUUCCCCAGCACUACGAUUACGUUAUCGGGGGUAGUGCAAGUGGAACGGGUCUGAGCAGCGGCCCGAGCAGUGCAGGCAGCCUCGAUACAAGAUUCACCUGCCCGGAGCCCACCACCACUAGCGAUUGCAGCUGCAUGUAUGCCAGUUCCGAUUUUGAGAUUCAAUGUCCCGUGACAAAUCCGGAAAUAAUUGUGAAAAUAAAGCCUGGGAUAUAUGCGCAAAUUCAGUGCUACGAUAAACAAAAGCUGGACCUGCUGCCAACACUUAACGUGGGUAACACCACCCAGGUUAAAAUCAUCCACUGCCCGCUGCCACAGCGUGAAUCGAUUCGUCACUUUGUUGGAUUCCUGGGUGCGAAACAUGUGAAAGAUUUCUGGUACCAAAAUUAUGGCAAAGACCUGGGAGUCCGACUCGUUCGACAGCACUUCGAAGGUAUGCAGGAUCUGGAAAAACUCUUCCUCAGUUCGGGAAUCGAAGAUAUUCAGCCGGAUCUUUUCGCCGAUUUGCCCAAUCUCAAGUGGCUUAUCCUUCGCAGCAAUCACGUCAAACUGCUACACAACGUGUUCGACAAUCUGACCAACCUGGUCAUUCUUGAGCUCGGAGCCAACCAGAUCACCGAGCUUGAACCGGGUCUUUUCAAGAAUCAACGAAAACUCCGACACCUGAAUCUGUGGCGCAACCAGCUUCGCAACAUCACCCGGGAAUCCUUCCAAGGGGUCGAGAGCCUCCAGGAGCUUGACCUCUCCGUCAAUGCCAUCGAAUCGCUCAAUCCGGACGUGUUCACCCUCCUGCCGGAUCUUACCGUGCUCAAUCUAGGCUUUAACCGAUUCACUAUCCUACCGGAGCAGCUACUGUCCGAAAACCGUAGACUGAAGGAGUUCAAGUUUGUCAACAACCAAGGUCCGAUGCAAACACUUCCGGAACACUUCUUCGCCGGACUAGCACAGCUCCAAACCGUCGUUCUCAAUCGGUGCAGUUUUACGCAUCUUCCCGACUCGCUAUUUCGGGGAUCUAGCGAAAUCAAUCAUUUGGAUCUGAGCUACAAUCAGCUCAACUCGCUGCCCGAGCUGCUACUACGCGACCAGUUGCGCCUACAGGAUCUCAACCUUGCGUAUAACGAGCUGCAGGAGAUACCUGAACAACUGUUGGAUAAUACCCGUGAGCUUCUGGUGCUUCGUCUUUCCCACAACAACCUCUACAAUCUUACUGCUAAGACUUUCGCCUAUCUGGAUAAACUCACCGAGCUGUAUCUGGACAACAACAACCUGCAUGUGAUCCAUCAGGAUCUGUUCGGCAGCACCAAGUCGCUGGCGAAGCUGUACCUGCAGAACAACCAUCUCGCUUUCAACGAUCUCAACGCGUUCGAAGAGACCGGAUUCGAGGGCGAUGGCACACCGUUCCAAUAUCUGGGCAAUCUGCGGGUUCUCAAUCUGCGCAACAACAGUAUCACCACCAUUUUCCGCGAUUGGUACGUGAACACCCACCAGCUCGAGGAACUGGAUCUCAGCUACAACAACAUAUCGACCCUGUCCUACUUCAGUCUGCAGUUCGUUUCGAAGAAAAUCCAUCUCAAUCUAACCCACAACCAGAUCACGGAGAUCGACCUGAAGGAAAUGGAACCCUUCAUGCUGUCCCAGCCCAUACCGGAUUCGGUGGCGAUCUAUGUGUAUGUCAACGACAACCCGCUGACCUGCAAUUGCGUCAUCUUUUCCUUCGUCCAGUUCCUGCAGCAACGCAUGAACCAGGCCGUAUAUCGAAGAAUCCGUUUCUCCGCCGACGAGCUUCGGUGUACGGAGCCGGAGGAGUUCCACGACGUGAAGGUCACUGAACUGCAACCCCAAGAAUUGCUCUGUAAUCUGGACCAACCGGGGACGGAAAUUAGGCAAUGUCCGGUGAACUGCAGUUGUUUCAUCCGUCCGUACGAUCGGGCUGUUAUCGUGAACUGCACCGGGAAGGGUCUCUCCGAGAUACCUCCACUACCGCAACCGACCACCUUUGGCUAUAAUUUCAUCGAGCUACACGUGGAGGACAACAACAUUACCAAACUUCCGACGGAGAAUCUAACCGGAUAUGUGCAGGUUGCCGAGUUGUACGCCCGCAACAACGCCAUCGUCGAACUGCUGCCGGAAAAUCUACCCAGCAAUUUGAACACACUCGACUUGACCCACAACCGGUUCGUAAUGAUGAACCAAUCCGUCGUGGAGGCACUCAACAACAGCAAGCAGCUGAUGAACCUGCAACUGUCCGGAAACCGCUGGCGCUGCGAUUGUGACUCGUUACAUUUCCUGAACUUUAUCCAACAAAACCAGCGCAAGAUCGGCGACAUUGGCCAAGUGGUGUGUGAGAACGGGAAGCAUUUCGCCACCAUCACUGCGAACGAUGUCUGUUACGAAGAUAUGACGGCGAUCGUGAUCGCAAGUAUCGUCCUGUCGAUUUUGGGACUGCUGAUUGGGUUGUUCACCGUGUUGUACUUCUCGUACCACAUGGAGAUUAAAAUUUGGCUGUUCACGCACAACGUGUGCCUCUGGUUGGUAUCGGAGGAAGAUCUGGACAAGGACAAACUGUACGAUGCAUUCAUUUCGUACUCUCACGAAGAUGAGGAAUUUAUUGCGGACCACUUGGUGCCGACGCUGGAGAAGGAACCGAUGAACUUCAAGACCUGCGUGCAUGUGCGUGACUUCAUGCCCGGGGAAGCCAUCUCGACACAGAUCGCCAAAUCCGUGGAGGAUUCCCGCCGAACGAUCAUCGUGCUGUCGAAGAACUUCCUCAAGUCGAGCUGGGCCCAAAUGGAAUUCCGCACCGCCCAUCUCAGCUCGAUGGCCGAGAAGCGGGUGCGCGUGAUCGUCAUUCUGUACGGUGACAUUGGUAAUAUCGACGAGCUAGAUGCCGAGAUGAAGGCCUACCUGAAGAUGAACACCUACGUCAAGUGGGGUGACCCAUGGUUCUGGGAUAAACUGCGCUACGCAAUGCCCCAUCCGCCGACGGUGAAGGGACUCAAGGGUAAAAGUUUGAUCAAAGGUCACCUGAAAAGUUCCGUCGACGACAGGCUGGAGCUCAUCAAACCCAUCCCCGUGACACCACCCGCACUGACAACCCCACCGGCCGAAAUGAAUGGACAUCUUUCGGCUCCGUUCACCAUCUCCAACGGAAAGACGACGACGAUCGGAAAUGGCUACCCGGCGAAUGGACACCAUCAAGCCACAAUGAAUGGGCAUGUGAACGGACACAUCAACGGGGCCUUCAUCAUCAACAGCAAUGCCAAGCAGAGUGAUGUGUAGUUGGCAGCGGAGACCGUAGUAGCAGCAACGCACGCUGAAACCAAACAAACCGUCAGAUUGGGCUAUGCGUGAGAUUAGGAACUACUUCGAUACAAGACGAGACAGCAAUUAAUCGAAAUGUGAUAACGCAAACAAAACGGACGCGCGCAUAGGUAUCCGACUGUGCGCAACAUUUGAAAACGAGAGACGAAAACUGAAAGCACGAGGAUCUCGAAGAACUUUUUACUAUCUCCAAAACUGAACAAUGUCCAAAGGAAAUCUUAGAGCUUCUAUAGCACCACAAGUUAGGACCGUGUACAAGCCUUCUGUAAAUACAACAUACUUAUUUAUUUCUAAAUCUCUCACCUGUGCAUCUUUUUAAAGACUAAGAAACAAACAAAAAACACGUAUAGUUGAACCUCAAAUAAGCAAUCUUCAUUUAGGUAGAUGUACUCGUCGCAAUUAGCAAUUAUCUUUUCAACCCCUUCCUUUUAUUGUCUAGUGUAGGUUAAGUUUGUUGUUUUUAUAACUCAACUUUGGAGCACCGCUUUCGGGUGGGCCAAAGCACUAUUGAAAUAAAAAUGAAAAUAGCUGUAACGUUAGGUGAGGUAGCGAAUGAAGUGAGAGAGAUUUAUUUUCUUUAUUUAGACUUAUAGCCGGACAAAUGACUGUUUUGCUGUAAAUAAGGACUAGCGAUAGACGUAAGUAGCUCGUUUGAAACACACUGAAAAAACACGUAUCUGAUCUUAUCAACAACAACAAAAAAGAAAGAGAAACAAAACUAAACGCGAAGUUUGAAAAACUGUAGAUGGAAUAAAUAUGUAAAUUUUUAAAUA